GUUUAGAAAAGAAAGUAAAUUCCGUAAAAUGUGCAUCAGCAGUAGCGGCGCAGGCAGCGGCAGGCAGCGGCAGGCAGCAAUCGCCGCUCUCGUGCAUAUAUGUUUCUUUGAGCGAGUCGCCCGCUCCCUAAUUUGCCGACUCUUACGCUCUGUCCUCGGGGGAAGAUAAUGAUGUGUACCUAUACACUUAGGGAGAGGAGCUGAGCCGGCAUCAGCGGCGGGUUAUUCUUACGAGGCUGUGUAUACUGCAGGCGGGCGCGUCUAAAUAUUUAUCCAGCGCGAGGAGUCGCGCAUUAUAUACCUACGACUCCGCGGUGUGUCUCUGUGUGGCUGUGUGUGCGUGUGCGAGUGUGGUGCGUUUACGCGCGGAGACUAACGUCGUUGGGCACUUUGCCGCUGCUUACAGAGAGAGAGAGAGAGAGAGAGAGAUCCCCCGAGAACGGUGGACGCAAGGAAGGAAGGAAGGAAGGAAGGAAGGAAGGCAGGUUGGCAGGAGAAGCGAGAUCAGUGAGUUCAUAGGAUGAAGAUGAGGCAGCAAGAGCAGCGUGGAAGGAGCAGGAGCAGCAGCAGGCGGAUGCCGAGGCUGCUGUUCGCCCAGACGACGGCCCUGGCGGUCUGUUUGCUCGCGCUGCUGAGCGGCGACAUCGGCGGAGUCGGCGGGGCGAUCGCGGCCGAGCAGCCCGGAUCGCUAAUCUCGGACGCGGACUACGCCGGGCCGAACGGCGGUGGCGGCGGCGGCGGAGGAGCCGACGACUGCGACCCGGACAUGGUCGGCUUCGAGCUCGUCACCGGCUACGUCUACUCGGCCCCCAAGAAUCUGAUAGAGUCGAUACCGGGCAGCCUCAUGCUCACCGAGUGCCUCGAGACCUGUCAAGCCAACGACUCCUGCCAGGCGGUCAACUACGAGACCGGCCUCUGCGUCCUCUUCAGCUCCAACGCCGACAGCAACCCUGGUGCCCUGUCACAGUCGCAGUUCCCCGUUUUCACGAUCUACGCGCAGAAGAGCUGCCUGUCGGUGAAGCCGUGCGAGCGCGCCUGGUGCAUCGACAGAGUGCAAGGACAUCGGCUACAGGGUCACACGCGGCGCACCACCGACGCCUCGACGCGCCAGCACUGCCUUGAGCUCUGCCUCGGCGAGAGGGACUUCCUCUGCCGAUCCGCCAACUACGCCAACGCGACGAAGGCAUGCGAGCUGUCGGACAUGGACAGACUGACCGUGGCCGGAUCGGGCGCCCUCGAGCCGGCUAAGGGCAUCGACUACCUCGAGAACCACUGCGUCGACGAGCCGGUGAAGCUCUGCGAGUUCAAGAAGAUCAACGGCCGCAUCCUCAAGACCGUCGACUCGGUCUACCAGGACGUCGCCACGGCCGAGGAGUGCCGCGAGCUCUGCCUCAACUCGCCCUUCCGCUGCCACUCGUACGACUACGGCGACACCGGCGACAUGGUCUGCCGUCUGAGCCACCACUCGCGGGCCACCCUCUCCGACAUCCAGGAGCCGUACCUCGACGUGCCCGAGGCCUCGACCUACGAGCUGAGCUCGUGCUACAACGUGUCGAUAGACUGCCUGGCGGGCGACAUGGUCGCGCGCAUCCAGACGAGCAAGCUCUUCAACGGCAAGGUCUACGCCAAGGGCUCGCCCAACUCGUGCGUGCAGGACGUGAAGGGCGCGCUCGAGUUCGAGCUGCGCAUGGGCUACGACGACCUCGAGUGCAACGUCAAGCAGCAGGGCCUCGGCCGCUACCUGAACGACGUGGUCAUCCAGCACCACGACACCAUCGUGACGAGCUCGGACCUGGGCCUGGCCGUCACCUGCCAGUACGACCUGACCAACAAGACCGUGUCGAACGAGGUCGACCUGGGCGUGCACGGCGAGAUCAACCCCGUGAUCACGGAGGAGGUCGUCGUCGACUCGCCCAACGUAGCCAUGAAGAUCACCGAUCGCAGCGGCAACGAGGCUAUCCCCUCGGCCGAGGUCGGGGACCCGCUGGCGCUCAAGUUCGAGAUCCUCGACCCCAACAGCCCCUACGAGAUCUUCGUGAGGGAGCUCGUUGCCAUGGACGGCGUCGACUCCAGCGAGAUCGUCCUCAUCGACUCGAGGGGAUGUCCCACCGACCACGUCAUCAUGGGCCCGCUCUACAAGUCCUCCUCCUCCGCCAAGAUCCUGCUGUCGCACUUCGAGGCGUUCAAGUUCCCGAGCUCUGAGGUGGUGCAGUUCCGCGCGCUGGUGACACCGUGCAUGCCGAGCUGCGAGCCGGUGCAGUGCGACCAAGAGGAGGAGUCGACGGGCGAGCUGCGCUCGGUCAUCUCGUUCGGGCGCAGACGCCGCAGGCGCUCGGCCUCUCCGUCGCAGAUGCGCGAGGACCUGCUGCUCGUUCAGUCCAUCCAGAUCACGGACAAGUUCGGCUUCGAGCAGCGCGACCCCAGCAAGGCCGGCAACAGCAGCAUCUUCAGCGGCGAGAUCGACGAGAGCGGCAGCGGCACGACGACCGCGGGCCUGAUGGGCGUCUGCCUGAACCUCGGCGAGGCUAUCGCCUUCGGCACCGUAUUCCUAGUCGCUCAGAUUGCCAUCAUCGCUGCGUGGACCUUCACCUGGCAGCGCCGCCGGCAGAUCCUCAAGCACCAGGAGGCGCUCUCGGUUUCGGUCUCGGUGCCGGGCAUGCAUAGCGGCAGGGCCGACAGCCUCUGCAAACUCUACGACGCCCAGGGCUACUCGCGCCGAUUCUGAUUCCGAGCUGCGCGACUCCCCCGGCAGCUCGCUCUCGGCUUUCCCGCGAUCUAUCAGUCUGUCUAUCUCGAUCGAGCCUCCGCCAAUCUAUCUUACGCAUCAUAUACUCCGCACACUCUCGCGGAGCGCUUGACUCGCCGCUACCGCUUCUGAACCUACACACACCGACACCGACACCCACACACAACGAACGCGCGCCGCUGCGGCCGUCGCGACGCGAGGGACGCCUGAAUUCCCCUCGCGGCGGCUUGCGGCGCCGGCGAACGGGAAACGAAGGACGAGCAGACCGCUCAAAAAGAUCCAGGUAUUCUCCCCCGUCCGGCGGAAGCUCGUGAUACGGGUGAACCGUUGCCGCCGCGUGUCGAAUCCCAGGCGGGACUCUACGCCCCGUGCCUCGAGUCCCCCCUGGCUUUCGCGAGCCGACUGCUGGCCCGCUACGCCGCGGCAGUAUCCCACGGCCGCCGAAUCAGCCCGGGUUUCCACGCCCCACGCAUGCGGAGGGCCCGGAACCCGCGCCGAUUCCUGCCGCCCUUCCGCUCCGACCACGGGUGCCAAUACCGAUUUUUUUGACGAUCGGAUGCGCUGCGAGCGGCAAAGCCGGACCGGCCCGAGACGACUCUUCAUUUUUCAUUCAAAGAUCAAUCAAUCACGGUCGGAAAUUUAGUCGAAUUCAAUCUUCGCUCUCGGCUCGAGUCCGGCUCCACCAGCUUCGCUCCGGCGCAUCGUCUAUUGAUGCUAUACAUACACGUGUUCACGGUAUAGUACUUUCAGCUCACGCUCUCUCUCUCUCUCUCUCUCUCUCUCUCUCUCUCACUCUCUCUCUGUCUGUACGUCUAUUAUUAUAUUAUUACUGCAUCGCAUACGUACGCAAUCUCCGAGAUUUUGCGUUGCUCGCGUCCGGCCAGUCAGUCCUGAUUCCAGCUGGCCGAGCUGUUUGAAUUAUUUCCAACUUGGAGUGCACGCGCGUCGCUCGCGUCGAUGGAGGAAUGUUCGCUUUGGGCUGUUCGGAGAAAGUACAAGAUUGUCACUUGGAGCAGCGGGUCGUGUGCGUCGUGCAUUUUUACGCACUGCAUCUGCGAGUGUCCGUGAGAGCGCCAUCAAUUUGUAUUUGGAACGUAUGCAGCAGAGACUUUUCCAGACUGUGCGCCUCUGUAUUCCGACUUCCCGUCGACGCGCACAGUCGCGCUGGGCAGGGCGGGGAGGACUGAUGGGUUGCAUUUUCUCCCCGUCGUGCACGCGUAUACACGUACACGCGCAGACACAUAGCUGAAUUCGAGGGAGGUAACGCCGGCCGAGCCGACGUCCUCCCGCGAAAUCGAUGGUUGCCGCCGUCACCUCUCGCUCUCUGCGCUCUUCCGCGAGUCUUCUCCCCGUGAAUUCAAUCAUCGGAACAAUGAUCUAUCGAGCACGUUGAAACGCGAGGCUUACGUGAGAUUCUUGUGAUCCUUCCUCUCCGAGCGCGGCUGCGAUGUUAAUUCGAGUUUCCCGCGAUGCGGACGUGCCGACCUUUCAUCCGUGCGCCCCGCCAGCGUACCUGCCCGGCUGGCUGUCGAACGUCGGGGAAAGAUAAUUUUUGCGAGUCCCGAGAGGCGCUCGGAAGCGAGAUGAGGAGGAGAGGAGAGAAAUGUCCCGGGAGAACAGCCGCUUUUUGUUUCGACGAGCGCGCGAUACGGGGCCAACGUUCAAGUGGAAACAACGCGGAACGGUCAGACGCGCGGGCGCAGCUUUUUUUCAAAUUUCGCGAUCGCGUAUUUGGGGAUAGCCGCGGCGCGGCUCUAGACAUUACGGGCCGAAGAAAGCUCUCGGGGGGCCGAACAAGCGGUUAGCGGUGUGCCAGCCGAAGGAGCAGCGGAAGGUGGAGCGGGCGCACGGGAGACAGGACACGCGGGGAGGGUGAGAAAUGACGAGGCGUGGCCCGGCUCGAGAGAGAGAGAGAGAGAGAGAGAGAGAGAGAGAGAGAGAGAGAGAGAGAGGUGAUGGAGGUCGACGCGUAUUUGCUACGUAGCGCGGAUUCUAAUUAGCAUUGGGAAUUGAGCGUGAUUAUGCAGAUGCUCCGAGUAGGAUAUCAGCGGGCAUGCCAGCACUGCGAGAGAGAGAGAGAGAGAGAGAGAGAGAGAGAGAGAGAGAGAGAGAACGGGUUAGAACAGCGGCGUCGCCGCCGGAGGGGUGGAAACGUUGCGCGGGACGUUGGGAUAUAUGUAGAAUGGAGGAGGAGGAGGUGGGAGAGCAAACCUGCACAUAGAGCUCAGGCGCAAGGUUAAUUGCCUCUUGUGGCAUCUCUCGCUCUCUCUCUCUCUCUCUCUCUCACUCUCUCUCUCUGUCUCCCUCUCUCUCCCUCUCUCUCCCUCUCUCUCUUGGACUAAGCCCGCAAGCGCCCGGGCAUCAGACACCCGAGACAGAGGCCGUACACAGCCAGCCUCGGCUUCACCUUAAGAGCUCGUGCGUGUGCAACUUCGCUCGCGCCGUGGAUCGUCUUCCGAUGAUGCUCCUUUCCCACCGCGAAUCCUUUUCUUUCCUUUCUCCAGCCUUGACGACCUCGACACCCACAGCCGAACUCUCGCGAUGGAGACAGCGAUACGCGCAAUAUCGCCGGCCUCCACGCCACGCUAGCUGGUUAUUUACUCAUUUCCCGUAAAAUCGAGUUUCGCUUCGUUCAAUCAUUCACUUACUCGUCCACAAAUUGUCCGUUCCCGGCUCGCUGUCUUCAUUCAAAUAAAAUCGCCCGACACGGGGACAGGAUCGCAAGAAAGACUCGCCGCGAAGAAGAAAGAACAGAGCCGCUAUCAAAGUUUACACUGAUUCGGCCGAAUAAGCCGGGAUAUCGUAUGCGUCGCAAUCUGCUUGCGGUGAGAGGCUGGAGCCAAUUAUGCAAGUUCGACAAUAACGCGCGGACAAAAGUAGUUUCGCAACCGGUGCUAUCUGCUCUGCGGCAAGCGCGCGACCCACGGCAGCUGAGCCAACGUAUAACAACAACAAGAAGCAGCCGCCAGGCCAAGAGACGCGAGCGCGUUACGAGUGUGAAAGAGGCGAUCCAGUGCCACUCUGCGCGACCGAUAUCGCCCCCUGCGAGGCCCACCUUAUGCAGCUUCGAUUUAUAACCAGAAAUACGAAUGAUAAGGGCAUAUCGCAGGCGAGGCUCUCGCUCGCGCCGACCGGCCGAGUCGUCUUUCAUCUACAUAAGUCUAUAUAAUAUACAAGUACAUAUCCACAUUAUUUUCGCUAUCCACUGCGUUAUAUCAUGCAUAUCCCAACACGCACUUUUCAUCGAGUCGGUCGAAGGACGCGUGUGCGCGCGUGCGCCAACGAGAGCACGCGAUCGAUGCCAAUUUCAUUGGACUCGAUGGAAACUGCGCUGUGCACUAAACUCACUUGUCCCCUACCCCUCCCCCCACACUCAUACUAUCAUUUUCUAUCCCGCAUAAAAUACACGAACAGUUAAUUAAUUAAAGCUCAUUUUCUUAAAAAAAAAACAAACAAAUACGUGUAUACGAUAUAAUGUGUAACGAUCAAAUUAUACUCUAAAAUAAUGAUUUAAAAAAAUGUAAUAGGCGAUAAGCUAGACAUUAAGAAUAUUACAUUAUAUUAUACAUAUACUUAUUAUAUAAUCGAAAGUACGAAGAUACGUAAGUACAUGAAAUACGAUGAAGAAGAAUUGGGCUCGAGGAUGAUCGCUUGUACUCUUAGCAAUGAAUAUUAUUGUUUCAGACUCUUCUCCCCCCCCCCCCCGCCCCUACCUACUCAUCUCUCGCGUCGUGUCAACAGCGAAAUUCAUUAACUCUCUCGCAGCGCCUCUCGCGCGCCGUAUAUAAAGUUGCGGUUAAUGCGAGCCGCACUUUUUUGUCCCGCUCUCGUCCUCCUCUUCUCCCCACACUGUGUGUCUCACUCUUAUACAUACUAAUAUCAUUAUGAUGAUACUUUUUAUUUUUUACGAAUAAAACGUGUACUCGCGACAGUCUGCACGCCGUAGACGUCGGUGCUUGUCCUCGAGCCCGAGGUGCCCGCCUGCUCUGUGUGCUGCUCGAAAAGCUCGAGUCUGCUCUGUACCCUGACAAACGUGCAUAAUUCUACCUCUUGUAGUUUUUUAGCCGCAAUCCUUCCCUCUGCUUUCUUCCAGCUUCCAUUCCGCACUUGCCAGCCCUCGACGGCUGCGUACUUUUUGACAUUGCCCCCUACCUUCCCUCUCUCUUUACCUCUAUCAUUCUUCUCUUUGCCUCGUCUCCGCUCUUCCCCGUCCUCAUCUCUUCCCGCCUCGUAGCAAAGCCACUUUAAUCACGAUUACUGUCACGUACAGAGCUUACCCGGCGUCCGAGCACCUUUAUAUCGGCGCACCAGCAUCGCUUAUUUAUUAUUAAUAUGAAAAUAUACAUACUUAUAUGUUAACGUGCGCAAUUAUUUGCUUGUCCUCUUCUGUGUAUCCUUUUUCACCUCCUACCUCGUUCUCUCUAUCCCCUCGUCCUUUUAUUUCCCUAUAUAAUUUUUUUACACAUGCGCAACAAUUAAUCCUGUAUUCGAGCUCAUUUAUGCCGUUCGACUUCACAUCACGCAGACAAAAGCAACAAGUGUAAUUUUUCUCUCCCUCUACGUCGAAAUAUACAUGGCCAACGUUUAUCGAUGACAUUACUCGUGUAUGUCUCUUCUUUUGUACUAUUGAGUUGUCUCUCACGUUGUGAACCAUCGUUAACGUCAGUACCGAUACUUUGUACAUAGAAUAUAAGGUACAGAGAAAUAAACUCAUUUUCUAACGAAA